AUGCGAGGCGCUGAGACAAGAAGCGGAUUUUUGCUUGAAGGUGCAUAUCGUCUUCGCGUUGCCAAUGGAGAUGUAGAUGUCUUCAUACCAGGUCCAGUUCGGCUGAGCAGUCGCGAUUUUGACGAAGAGGAAGCGCUGUGGAGCCAGUACCCGCGCUCCGUUGGUGAUGACCAUUAUAAUCCCAAUGAUCCACAACCCGGCAAAAACUGUAUUUCAAGGCGAUGCUAUGGUUGGACUGUGCCAGCAACAAAGAGGGUGUUCGUCGAAGGCGAUGUUCGCAUUGACCUCUACACCAAAAAAUGGUUCAAAGGCCUUGGAUGGACGCUGAAAGAUCGAGAGAAACUGGGACAUGUGUGGUUUAAUACCAUGUUCAUUUGUCCGGACUACUGCGGUGGCGUGUACAUACAUGGCGACGAGGCAUAUCCUUAUCCAAAAGGCGGAAGUGAGUUAUUUUUGUUGCCAAAUGUUUGCUCCCACACUUUUACAUAA